CCACUGAAAUCACUACAUCCAGAUGAACAGAAUCAAUAUGGAAUAUUGGAAGGCUAGGUAUUCAGGAUUUUUCCAUUAGAUGGGUCACAAAACCUAAAAUCCACAGCCUAUUUUUUCCCCUCAUCUGUGCACAUCUGUUGCAUUUAAAUGCAAAUUAAUCUGACAAGUGCCACGCCAAGUCAAGAGGGUAUGAAGAGCUAUAAGGGAACAUGCAUGUAUCCAUUGUUUUUGUGUUUGUUUGAUUGAUUGAUUUGUUUCUUUCUUUGCUUUCUUGGUUUGAGUUAUGCAGGCAGUGGCCUAAGCCUAAACAGUGAAUCUCAGACUUCCAUCAACCCAGAAUCCUCUUCUGGCUUAUUCUGGGUGGGGCACCAAGUUGUUUCCAAGCUAAAUGAGGGAUAUAAUCUCUCCAGUGAGUCCUGGGUCUGCCCGGAGGUUUCGUCCCAGUAGGACAUACCCGAAACACCCCACCUAGGAAUCAUCCUAGUCAGAUGUCUGAACCACCUCAACUGACUCCUUUUGACGUGUAGAAACAGUGGCUCAACACAGAGUCUCUAUUGAUUGACUGAUCAAAGGGAGAAUCCACCCACCUAUUUAAAAAGAAACUCAGCUGCUUGCUACCUUCUCUUGGUUGCUAUGCAGAGCUUGUGAUCAUAGGUAAGAGGUAGGAGAUUGACCAGGGAAUCAAUUGCAUUGUUUUAGCUCUGCUGUCUUUUCACUGUAAAAUGUCACCCUCCACUUUAAGUAUCUCUCACUUUUGAGAUACUUAAACUGAAGUGGGCGCUUCACCCUUUUCUAGACUUGGAGAUGCUGUCUAUCAUUCCCACUGCUUCACACUCGGCCACGAACAGUACCUGAUGAACUGUGGAAGACCGUCGAGGAGAUGAAGUGUUGAGGCCAGUAGCAUCUCACUACCACUAUGUAGAGUGUGAGUUUAGCUCCGAUUCCCUCUCGUGAGUCAUUUGACAGUUUUCCUGAAUCACUUUGUGGCCAUUCUCAAAGUCUUGCUUGAUGGUCUCACCUGUACACAUCUUGUUGUACACAUCUCGGUGGGGGAACGUAGUGCACAAACACACCUCUCCAGGUAAAACAUUUGUUGCCCAUGCGGGCAUGGAAAUUCCACAGUAAGGGGUACAAGCACACUCUGCCAGCCUCUUUUCAUUUAGAGUAAGUCCAGAGUGGAACAGAGUACAGGCCAGGAAACUGGUUCCAGUGCCCAAGCUGUGCACUGAAGUGAGCCUAACUCUAUCUAGUCGCCAUCGCUCGCUUGCUUAGGCUCAGACUCCUUUCCCACCAGUGAAGUGACACUGCAUGUACCACAAGCCAAUGUUGGAAGCCAGAGAUGGAUUAAUUAUAUCUCUUUAAACUUCAUACAUUUAAACAUGAUAUUGUGUGAUAAGGAAACGUGUAAUUUACUGCGCUGUGGUGAAUUAUUGGUUCAUAAAUAUCUCUAAGAAAUACCACUAGGGUGAUCAGUUUACACAGUCUGAAACAACAAUGUUUUAUUUGCUGUUAAAUUUAAUUUUCAGUGGCUGUUGAGAUUUAUGUACCAAAACUACAUUGUAAUGGUUAGGAGAAGAUCAUGGUACAGAUUAAAAUAGAAUAUUUUAAACUCAUUAACCAUGUGAAAAUCUUCCGGUUUGUAUGUUGGGGGACGAAUGCCUCGCCAGACUUACAGAAACCUGCCUUUGAUAGUAGUUGGGCGCAUCUUACCUCACUGAUCAGUUGUUGUGACUUCCUAGAAUACUCUGUUUAGUUGUCCUUUUUGCCCCUCAAAUGUCAUUCAGGCUAUGUACUUUGUAAAUACUUGUCCACAUAUUGCAGAACUGACUGAUAAUAAUUGUGAGUAAAGGUUUAGCUUGCCUGGCUGCGUGAUGUCUUCACUUUGCAUGGGAACAAUGUUCAAUAUUUGAAAAUGCAAUGCAGUCGUACAAACGGAUUUCACCAAUCUGUUCUGGAGCGGUGUAUUUCAUAGGUUUCAUAUAUUCCUGCUGUUUUCCUGGGUUAAAAGCAAAACAAAGCAGAUUAACUGGUAUUUAUUUCUUAAAGAGCGUUACAAGAAAGGUUCUGUGAAAAUUGAUCUAAGAAAUCCACAUUUCAUGCUCUUCAUUGCACUAUUUAAAAGAUGUCAGUCACUGGCCUGGGUAAUUGGUCAUUGUAUUUCCCAGUGGCAGUCAAGUAGACUGACAUGUCAUUGCAUUCAUAAUUAAUUUGCAUCGUCUUCAGAUAUGUUUCUAAGUUCUAUACAAAACCAGCAGAGCAACUAUAGAAAGUUUCUUGUAAAUCACCUGACUUACAAAAGUGUGUAUAGACUUAUCUGCACUCACUGUAAUUCUGUUCUGUUGAUUCUUUGAAUGCUGUGUUGCUGCUGCAUAUUUACAGAUGACUGUUAAUAAAUCAGUCACGGAAGACUUUCAUCCCAGCAUUGUCUUAAACCUCAUCGUUACUGAACCUCGCCAGAGUUUAAGUGAAAGAUUGUGUAAUGUUCUUAUGUGGUCCCCUCUCUCCUCCUACACAGUCUUACCCAAGCAAAAUGGAAGGGUUGCCAUUGUGACUGGGGGUACCAGAGGAAUUGGUUUUGAAACAGCAAGACACCUGGCAAGCCUUGGCAUGCAUGUUAUCAUAGCUGGGAAUGAGAGAGAAGAAGGUGCAGCAGCUGUUAGGAAGAUUCAUGAAGAAGGGACCGAAGGAACCGCUGAGUUUGUCUUCGUGGACAUGACGUCACUGAAAUCUGUGCGGCACUUUGUGCGGUUGUUCAGGGACAGAGGUCUACCCCUCCAUGUCCUGGUUAAUAACGCUGGGACCAUGAUGGUUCCUGAGAGACAAACAGAGGAUGGCUUUGAGUACCACUUGGGCCUCAAUUACCUGAGCCACUUCCUGCUGACCAACUUGUUGCUUGAUCUGCUGAAGAGGUCAGGAAAACCGGGCUGCUGCUCUAGAAUCAUCAACAUGUCCUCUGCUACACAUUACGCAGGAGUCGUAGACAUGGAGGACUUAAACAGGAGGAUCCAGUACAGUUCCCAUGGUGCUUACUCCCAAAGCAAACUGGCUCUGGUCCUGUUCACCUAUUACCUGCAGGAGCAGCUGACUGCCAGCAGCUGCUCUGUGACUGUGAAUGCUGUGGACCCGGGAAUGGUGGACACGGCGCUGUACGAUAACCUGUGGACUCUGGUGCAGCUGCUCAAGAGGCCAGUAGCCAAGAUACUGUUCAGGACUCCAGCAGAGGGAGCCUCUACAGCCGUCUAUGCUGCAGCUGCUUCUGAGAUGGAGGGGGUGGGUAGCUGUUACCUGUACAACGGCCAGAAGACGCAGUCUGCAGGUGUUUCCUAUGACUCUGAACUACAGGCCAAGCUGUGGAAAAAGAGCUGUCAGCUGGUGGGUCUGCAGGAGGCCUGACCCACCCAGCUGACCUUAAGGCUGGAUACUUCUGCAUCCUCAGUACUCACUGGGACAAUCUUAUCUAACAGUGUUUGAGAAGUCAAACAUUUCAAAGUUUUGCAACAAUACUCUUGAUUUCAUAUAUAACUUUUACUCAUAUAGACGUGUUCAUUGUGUUAUGAUUUUAACCACCUCUAUUUGAGCUUUACCUGACAAAAAAGAUAACUAUACCAAAGGAGCAAUUACAUCCAUGGCCUCUGGUAGACCCGAGCUCAUGGCCCAUCAUAUGUACCAGACAUCAGCAUGACUCCACACAUGUGCCUGUUUUUAAACCACACCUUAAUAUGAUUAAUAUUCCAAACAAAGACAGACGUAGAAAGGUCUGAGCUCACAUGAAGCCUUCGUGCCUUAGCUUUACCUGUUCAUGCCCGUAAAUGACUGUGGACUGAUUUAUAUUUCACUGUGUGCUAUGAUGUUGCUGCUAAAGGAGCAAAUCGUGCCUCAGGAGUGAUGUAUGCUUUAUCAGUUUUAUUUAUAUAGCACCAAAUCACAACAACACUCGCUUUAAGGCGCUGAAAUGACUGAAGGUGGAGCCGGAGGUGGAGCUGGCAGAGUUCAGUAUGCUGUGAUUUUCAUUGGCAGUGAGCAGGAUGGAUGGCAGUAUAAAUGAAUAUUGUGUGCUCAGGCUGGGACAAAGUUAGAGGUGAGACAUGUGCAUAUACGGGACAAACACAGCUGCCAAAGAGGAAGUUCAUGGAUGUAGUGAAGGAGGGAGGUUAGGAUGAUCUGCUGUGGUGACCUCUAAAUAGAGAAGCUAGAAGAAGAUGAUUAAAAUGUUGGAAUGUAGAUGUACAUAAUAAAAUACUACAUUGAUGUGUUUUACUGCAGAAUAGCCUUGUAUUGGCUGACAGGUGAGUACAGUCAGACUUGGAGCUGAGAGCAGUCCCUUUACCUCAGGCUUCACCCAGAGACGGGACCACUUAGUGUGACUGUAAUGCUUCAUGAAUGUGACUCCAUAAAACAAACAUGAACCUGUCAGUGUUAUUAAAACUAAUGAUCACUGCUGCUUUAGUCUGGUUUGCUGUAAUGAACUCGUCUCCUACAUGUUAACGCCUCUCAGACGCUGUCACAGGCCCACAGCGCCACCGUGUGGACACUGUAUGCAUGACUUCAUUUAUGUUGUUCCAUGUACAUUCUGCUCUGUUUCAGCACUUUGGACCAAUGUAGCCAUGUUUCUGCUGCCUGUGCUGUUAUUUGAUCUCUUUGCAAUGGUAAAUAAAAGUCACGUCU